UCAUGGAACUUGAAAGUUAACUUUAUUUUUGUUUAAAUAAAAGCUCCACCAUUAGGAACUCAAAAUUAAAUAUAGAUUUAAAUGACUUAAUUCUGUAGAAAUUGCAAUGAUACGUCGCCUCCUAUAACUUUGUAAACAUUUUAGUUGAUGGUUGAAUUUAUAAAAACUGACGAUGCACAUCCUGUGCACGAUAUGCAGCGACCUGGUGAACCCGGCCGAGAGCCUGUACGUCACCAAGUGCGGCCAUCUCUUCCACUACCAGUGUCUCGCGCAAUGGAUCGAAAGAUCAAAAUCCUGCCCACAAUGCCGCAACAAGGUGACAGACCGGUGCAUGUUCCGCAUGUACCCGACGGUGUCCAACGAGAACUCCGGGGAAGAUGCGGCAACUCUGCAAUCAAGGCUGGACGAUGCCAUGCUGCAACUGCGGACACAGAAGACGGAGCAAAGGGAACUGAAAGACAAGCUUGCUGCCGCCACAAAAGAAGCUAACAAAAAAGAGGAGCUACUAAAAGCGGCAGAGAAGAGACUUGUAAGCCGAGACUCUGCCGUCUCAGCGCUGCGGGAACAGCUAGAGUAUGUUAAAAUACAAAACAAGGAGACACAACGGCUAAAGGAAGAGAAUGAGGCGCUUAAGAAGAAUAUACAGACUCUGAAUGGGCUGCAGAAGGUGCUGAAUGCGACAGCAGGCGAAGUGGAGGAGACGCUUCGGGGCUAUUCGGAUCUGCGGACGCUUGCCACCUUCGCCGCCGCACUCAAACGUGCACUGUGUGACUCGGAGUCCAAGAAACGCUCGUGCCGGGAGCUACAGCACAGCGCUGAACAACGUUUGGCCGCCAUGCGCGUCAGAUAUGAAGACCUGCAGGCUAAGUUUGGACAAGUGCAAGAGAACCUAACCGACAUGGAGCGCAAAUACGAAGCGUUGAAACACAAGCGGAAAGCGAGCGGCGACGCGGAGCCGCGCGACGCCAAGCAGCCGCGCCCCGCCUCCCCGCGCACCCCCGCCGCCUCCAACGACGCGGUCGUCGACGUCGUUACUGAGCAGGAAGACAGCUUCUAUAAAAAAACAUGGUAUUUGCAGAACACGGCUGUGAGACGCAUCAUACAGUCGGACUCCCCCUAUUUGAACCUGAAGCAGAGCGGCCUCGCGCUAGGCACUCUACAUCAACGGAAGCCUGUGCCGGCCAAUCUAAAGGUGUCAGAUUUCUCGAUCCUCCGCUGCGCGCCAACCAGCAUCUUCCACAAGCCGCCCUCCCUCGAGCCCUCCCGGGACGAGUUCAACACGGCCUUCACCUCCCUCCGCCCCUCCCUCAACCCCUCCCCCUCGCUCCCCCCCUACGACGGGCUGGGCGGGCACGGCCGCCCCGACGUCUUCCCCACGCCCCGCCCCAAGGUGCCCAAGGUCACCAGCAAGCAUAAGCUGAAGAGAUUCAACUCGACCGGUAGCAGGGAUAUAUCGCAGAUGUUCGCCGGGUUACGGGAUAAGGACUAAGGUUAAUACUCAAGUGAUAGUUGGAUAAGCCAAUUUACAAUCUCAUCAUCCUACUUUUUGGAUAAAUUGAGCGCAGUCGACCUGCCGUUCGGGUAUCUGGGAUACAAAAUGUAGAUGGCCUUGAUGUGCGCCGGGCUACGGAACUACACGCUACACAAACUAGAGUUUGUGUAGAUAGAUCAUAUUGGACACCUGGCUCACUGAGCCACAUCUGCCGCUGACUGUACUAAAAGCAACUUUGAUAUACCUAAUGACGUAGCAAUAAAGUUUACGAAAAAAAUAAAAUUAGACCAACAUAAAUCUGCAACGAUUUUGAUAGCACAUGCAGUGCAAGUGUAAUUUCAUAGAAGUUUGACGUUUAAAAUAACACUUGCUCUGCGUGUGUUAUCAAAAUCGUUGCAGACUUGUCUUGGUCUGACUCCAACAGUAUUGAUUAUGGUACAUUAAGUACCAAAUCAACCAGCUAAAUCAAGACUACAAUUAAACAUAAGACUCACAUCACAACACAAACAUAAAAUUUCCAAAUCACUACUUACUGGAUAUUACCUACUUUAUAAGGUCCUUUGAAGUUGAUAUUGAAUUUGGCCAUAUUGUAGCAUAAUAUGUUAUUUGAUUGUUGACGAUAUUUCGUUGUAUUAUACCUAUAGGUAGUUUUAAGACUACCUCAAUUUUGAUGUUAAUCUUGCAUAUUAUCCAAGAUUAGCUUUACACUGAAUUUGUAGAAUAUGUCCAGACGACCACCAGCAGUGCUGUGUUGUUACUGUUAAUUAUAUUAAAAACAAUUGUUAAUAUCAAUCAAAUUUCAUUGAUUUGUUUAAUAUACACAUAUAUGUUAGGUGUCAUAUAAUAAGAAUAAGUAGGAGUGUCCUACAGCAAGACUGAUAUGUUAAAUUAAAAUCACAAGAAAUAAUAAUAUAUAAUUACUGAA